AUUGAAAUUGGAUGUGGUGAGGUGAAGAAAGACGAUGCUGACUACUAUCACAAAGAAGAAGCAAAAAUUCGUGUCCUGGAGAUUAUGAAAUGGCAAUUACAUUUACGAUUAAAAUUAGCCAAGAAAGAAUACCAAGGUGUCACGUUUGGCUUUUUGGCUUUGGAGCAUGGGGCGUAUAUUUUUGAAGAAUACCUAUGUUUUACAUUACCUACAACGUACAACACACACACUCACUUACAAACAUCCAUAGAACUCAUGUUAUCCUUCAAA